ACGCAUACCGUAGACAGCCUCCAAUGACAAACAGAGAACAUUAUCGGACUUGUGCCAUUUAGACCCCAAAACAAGACUUUUUUCACUAUUUAUGGUAUUGCUUACGAACGAGGAAUAUUUGUGGAGUAUCCAAGAAGCUAUUUAGAUGACUUAAAAGGAGAAACAAUCCGCGGGAUGCUGCCGAAAGGAUUACUGCAAUUCCGGGUUUUCCUGUCACUCAAGCCGUCCGACGUCAUCACGUGGGAGGGCUUCCGUUUGCUGUCAUCGGAAUUCAUUAUGGAUGUGCAAAAUUUAAUGAACGUACAGAGUUUUAAUACGGCUCCGUAAAAUGUCAGACAGCCGUGUAUUGAAUUGUGUGAGGAACACCUGUAUGUUUUAAUCGUUUUUCUGUAUUGUGGAGUCAUAAAUAGCACAGCGGACAUGACUUGGCUAACGUUACUCAUGAAGCGGUAGCAGUGAAGAUCUGGUUGCAUGUUUUCCUCCUCCUGCAGUCCACUAGGAAGCUGAAGGGUUUCUCCUUCAUAUAAUCGCAAAUUCCUUGUCAAGGCCAUAAACAGAGCAUGAGGAGCCGCAGUAAUUCAGGAGUGAGGCUGGACGGAUUUGCCAGACUUGUCCAUGAAACAAUAUUAUGCCACCAGAAUCCAGUGACGGGUCUCCUGCCGGCCAGCGAGCAACAGAAGGAUGCUUGGGUCAGGGAUAACGUUUACAGCAUUUUGGCAGUGUGGGGGCUUGGGAUGGCUUACCGCAAGAAUGCAGACCGUGAUGAGGAUAAAGCCAAAGCCUAUGAGCUUGAACAGAGUGUGGUUAAGCUAAUGCAAGGUCUGCUGCAGUGUAUGAUGAGACAGGUGGAGAAGGUAGAGAAGUUCAAACACACACAGAGCACAAAGGACUGCCUGCAUGCCAAAUAUCACACACCUACCUGUGCCACAGUGGUCGGAGAUGACCAAUGGGGGCACUUGCAAGUCGAUGCCACCUCACUCUAUCUGCUCACACUGGCCCAGAUGACUGCCUCAGGUCUGCACAUCAUAUCGAACUUAGACGAGGUGGCUUUCAUCCAGAACCUAGUGUUCUACAUCGAAGCAGCCUACAAAGUGGCUGAUUAUGGGAUGUGGGAGCGAGGAGACAAGACCAAUCAAGGCAUUCCUGAACUAAACGGCAGCUCCGUCGGAAUGGCAAAGGCAGCUUUGGAGGCCAUUGAUGAGCUUGAUUUAUUUGGAGCUCACGGAGGCCCAAAAUCAGUGAUUCACGUUCUCCCAGAUGAAGUAGAACAUUGUCAGUCUAUCUUGUGCUCUAUGCUUCCUCGAGCCUCUACCUCUAAAGAGAUUGAUGCUGGCCUGCUCUCUGUCAUCUCCUUUCCUGCUUUUGCGGUGGAGGAUGCGGAUCUGGUCAACAUCACCAAGGCCGAAAUCAUCACCAAGCUGCAGGGACGUUAUGGCUGUUGUCGAUUUAUUCGAGAUGGCUACAGGACUCCAAAAGAGGACCCCACUCGACUUCACUAUGACCCCGCCGAGCUGAAACUAUUUGAGAACAUUGAAUGUGAGUGGCCAGUGUUUUGGACUUAUCUAAUACUCGAUGGCAUCUUCAAUGAAGAUCAUGAACAGGUGGAGGAAUACAGAGAGGCUCUGGAUGGAGUUUUGAUCAGGGGCAAACAUGGUAUCCGUCUGGUGCCUGAACUCUACGCUGUACCUUCUGAUAAAGUUGAGGAGGAGUACAGGAACCCUCAUUCGGUGGAGCGUGUGGCUUUUGGGCAGCUUCCACACAUGUGGGGUCAGUCUCUGUAUAUUCUGGGCAGUCUCCUGACAGAGGGAUUUCUGGCCCCUGGAGAGAUAGAUCCACUUAAUAGGCGGUUUUCUAAAGAAUUCAAGCCUGAUGUUGUUGUGCAAGUGAGUGUAGUGGCUGAGUCAGUGCAGAUCCAGCAGCUGCUGAGGGAUCAUGGGAUUGAGGUUCAGACCGUCUCUGAUGUAUCGCCCAUCCGGGUCAUGCCAGCUCGCAUCCUGAGCCACAUUUAUGUGAAACUGGGAAACUGUAAAAAACUGAAUCUGAGUGGACGACCGUACAGGCACAUUGGCGUCCUGGGAACUUCAAAGUUUUAUGAGAUCAGAAAUGGCACUUACACAUUCACUCCACAGUUCAUUGACCAGCAUCACUUCUACUUGGCUCUGGAUAACCAGAUGAUUGUUGAGAUGUUGCGGACAGAACUUGCUUACCUCUCGUCCUGCUGGCGAAUGACAGGAAGACCAACCCUCACAUUCCCUAUUACACAGAGCAUGCUGGUUGAAGAUGGGGACAGUAUUGACCCCUGCAUCCUCUCCACAUUGCGGAAGCUUCAGGAUGGCUACUUUGGUGGUGCAAGGGUGCAGAUGGCAAACCUGUCUUCGUUCCUCACCACCUCCUUCCACACACAGCUCAGCUUUUUGGAUGGCGACUCUGAAGAGGAUCUGCUGGAGGAGGAGGAAGAGGAAGAUGAAGAGAGUUUUGGGCCCUCCGCAGGAGGAUCAGGAGACAUGUUUGACCAGUACCUCACAGAUUUACUGCACAGCACUACCACAAAAUGCCAUCUACCUCCCAUCCAAAGAGGGCAGCACCACGUUUUCAGUGCUGAACACACCACCAGAGACAUACUGUCCUUCAUGGCCCAAGUUCAAGGCCACAACAUGCCUAAGCCGUCCAUGUAUUUGCCUGUCGCCCCCAUCAUGAGCAAACACAGGAAGUCUCUGAACCUGCUAGAUGUUCCUCAACAUAAUGCUUCUCAUCACACAAAGGCUGAUAACGUUGACCUGCAUUUACCACGUGAUUCUCAUGGAAACACCGACUUUGUUCAUCUGGUGGAUCAGCUAAAGCACUGUCCAACCCUGCAGGACCAGGCCGAUAUCCUCUAUGUCCUUUAUGCUAUGAAAGGCCCGAACUGGGUGGUGAGUUUGUCAGGACAGGGUGAGGCCACGGUUCGCUCUCUGCUGGAGGAGCUGUACGUUCGGGCUGGAGCGUGUAAGGAAUGGGGUCUCAUCCGCUACAUCUCCGGCAUACUGAAGAAGAGGGUGGAAGUCCUUGCUGAAGCCUGCACAGAUCUGAUCUCUCAUCAUAAACAGCUGACAGUGGGUCUUCCUCCUGAACCCAGAGAGAAAGUCAUCACAGUUCCUCUUCCUCCUGAAGAAUUGAUCAGCUUGAUCUACGAGGCCAGCGGACAAGACAUCAGCAUUGCAGUCCUCACACAGGAGAUCAUGGUGUAUCUGGCCAUGUAUGUGCGCUCUCAGCCGUCUCUGUUUGGAGAUAUGCUGCGUCUGCGCAUCGGCCUCAUCAUGCAGGUGAUGGCAACUGAACUGGCCCGCAGUCUGCACUGCUCAGGAGAAGAGGCGUCAGAGAGCCUGAUGAGCCUCAGUCCGUUUGACAUGAAGAAUCUCUUACAUCACAUCCUGAGCGGGAAAGAGUUUGGUGUUGAGAGAAGCAUGCGUCCAAUUCAGUCAUCCGCUACCAGUCCUGCCAUCUCUAUCCAUGAGCUCGGACACACAGGAGCCACCAAGACAGAGCGGACAGGCAUCAGAAAACUCAAGACUGAAAUUAAACAGAUCUAUUCCAGCAGUCAUUCCAUCAGCAGUAAUGUCACAUCACCCCGAUCCACGCGAUGCAGUAGCCCAUCCACUCCCAGCGGGAUCUUGUCUCCGACCGGAACAGGAGACUGUCACCUGCAGUGGGAGGAGCGGCAGGGCCAGUGGCUGAGAAGGCGCAGGCUGGACGGGGCCAUCAACAGGGUCCCCAUGGGUUUCUACCAGAAAGUCUGGAAGAUUCUCCAGAAGUGUCACGGCCUCUCCAUCGCCGGAUAUGUCCUGCCUUCUUCUACCACCCGUGAGAUGACGGAGGGAGAGAUUAAGUUUGCGGUGCAUGUGGAGUCUGUCCUGAAUCAUGUUCCUCAGCCGGAGUACAGGCAGCUGCUGGUGGAAGCCAUUAUGGUGCUCACUCUUGUGGCCGACAUGGAGAUUCCCAGUGUUGGUGGAAUUAUUCACAUCGACCGCAUCGUCCACAUGGCCAACGAUCUCUUUCAGCAGGAUCAGAGAUCCAGCGGGGCCAAUGAGUAUUUCUUGGAGCAAGAUCCUGCCACAGGAAUCUGUAACUUCUUCUAUGACAGUGCUCCCAGCGGCAGCUACGGCACCAUGACUUAUCUUUCCAAGGCUGUGGUCACAUAUGUGCAAGACUUCCUUCCAAACAGCAGCUGUCUAAUGCAGUAACAACUGCCAGUGACCUUCACUGCUGAUCUAUGACCAGUUACAUCAAAUCAAACGGUGAAAAAUAUUACUGAGUUCAGUAGCAAAGGACAAGCUGAAACAGGGAAAACACUAAAAAUAAUGCUGUGAAGAAAACAGACUGCAGAAAACGGACCACUGUGCUGUUCUGUGAACAAUUCUAAUUUAAAAAAUGUAAACGCAAAUAACUUUAAAAAUAGUUAAUUUAUGUUUAAUUUACAUGACAGAAAUAUCUCUUUAGUCGCCUAUACAGUAUUUAAUGAUAUUUGAAUAAUUUAUCUUAAUUUAUCGUUUUAUGUUUAUAAACGUAUGUUUUAUUUAAAUUAGCACUUAAAUUCUUCAACUUUUUAGGCCACAAGACCCGUUCACACCAUCCAUGUGAAAAAACUAUAGUAAUUUAAAGUAAAUACUAUAGUGUGUUUUAACCAUACUAUAGUAAAGUGCGCGACGCAGUGGCGCAGUAGGUAGUGCUGUCGCCUCACAGCAAGAAGGUCGCUGGUUCGAGCCUCUGCUGGGUCAGUUGGCGUUUCUUUGUGGAGUUUGCAUGUUCUCCCUGCAUUCGCGUGGGUUUCCUCCGGGUGCUCCGGUUUCCCCCACAGUCUAAAGACAUGUGGUACAGGUGAAUUGGGUAGGCUAAAUUGUCUGUAGUGUAGGAGUGUGUAUGGAUGCUUCCCAGAGAUGGGUUGCGGCUGGAAGGGCAUCCACUGCGUAAAACAUGGCGGUUCAUUCCGCUGUGGCGACCCCGUAUUAAUAAAAGGGACUAAGCCAAAAAGAAAAUGAAUGAUUGAAUGAAUGAAUGAAUAGUAAAGUGCUUGAAUUAAUGUGUUGUGGUAAUUCUGUAGUUGCUAUUGUAGCCUAACAGCUUUAGGAAUAUAAACAAAUGUUAAAACUAAAUCAUUCUGCAAUAUACCAAGACUUACUGUAGAUGAAACUAAAGUAUACUACAGUAUUUAAUACAUUUUACUAUAGUUCACACUACAGUAUGCUGUAGCAUUCUUUUACAAAGUUUUAUAAAUAUUAUAAUAUAUACAGUAUAAAUCUCCAGGUUGGAGGAGAAUCCUUACCCACAGGUGGAGGAGUUCAAGUAUCUUAGGGUUUUGUUCACAAGUGAGGGAAGGAUGGAACGUGAGAUUGACAGGCGGAUUGGUGCAGCAGUAAAGUUGAUGUAUCGGUCCGUUGUGGUAAAGAAGGAGCUGAGCCACAUGGCAAAGCUCUCGAUUUACCCGUUAAUCUACGUUCCUACUCUCACCUAUGGUCAUGAGCUUUGGGUGAUGACUCAAAGGACAAGAUUUCGGAUACAAGAGGCCGAAAUGAGUUUCCUUCGCAGGGUGGCAGGGCGCACCCUUAUAGAUAGGGUGAGGAGCUCUGUCACCCGGAAGGAGCUCGGAGUAGAGCCGCUGCUCCUCCACAUUAUGAGUCAGCUGAGUUGGCUCGAGCAUCUGUUUCGGAUGCCUCCUGGACGCUUACCUAAGGAGGUGUUCCAGGCAUAUGCCACCAGGAGGAGGCCUCGGGGAACACGCUAGAAGGACUAUGUCUUUCGGCUGGCCUGGGAACACCUCGGGAUUCCCUCGGAGGAGCAGAAGAAAGUGUCUGGGGAGAGGGAAGUCUGGGGUUUUCUCCUAAGACUGCUGCCCCUGUGACCCGGUCCUAGAAAAGCGGAUGAAAAUGAGAUGAGAUGAGAUUGACUAUAGUAUACUACAUAGUAUACUUGACUAUAGUGUGGUUCAAAAACACUAUUUACUAUGAAUUACUGUAUUAUUUUUUAUGUAAGCAAUGACAGUAACUGUAACUAUAUUAACAAUAAAACUUGGUCUAAAUAUAAAAGACACGAGUCCACGUCACACCUACAAAUAUAAUGGAAACACAGAAGCACAAUAUUGUUUCAGUCCCAUUCAAUUUAAGAAUAUUUUUAAAGAAAAUUAAGAAAAAAAAAUCAACAGCCAAUCAGAAAUCCUCCUAUUUUAAAGAGCAUUUAAAACAAAAUGUGCUUGUGAUAAACAGUGCAUCAUCAUCCAAUGAUGUUAAUAUAUUCAUUCAUUCAUUUUCCUUCUGCUUAGUCCCUUUAUUCAUCAUGGGUCGCCACAGCGGAAUGAACCGCCAACUUAUCCACCAUAUGUUUUACACAGCGGAUGCACCUCCAGCCGCAACCCAGUACUGGGAAGCAUCCAUACACUUACAUUCACACACAUUCACUACGGACAAUUAGCGCAUGUCUUUGGACUGUGGGUGAAACCGGAGCAACCGGAGGAAACCCACGCGAACAUGAGGAAAACUUACAAACUCCACACAGAAAUGCCAACUGACCCAGCCGAGACUCGAACCAGCAACCUUCUUGCUGUGUGGCGACAGUGCUAACCACUGAGCCACUGUGUCACCCGAUGUUAGAAUAGUUAUCAUUUAAUCAUCCUUAUUGGUGUGAACGGGUGUAUAUACUGUAGAACUCUGUCUAGAUAAACAGACACUGUGCUAAUAAAGUUUCAGACUUGUGUUUUCCAUCAAAUAUUAUCUUAUAGCUUUCAUGUGAUACUUAGCUGGUGCUUCUAAUUCAAAGACACAAUACAAAGUGUAAUGCCUUUGAUAUUUGUGAAAAAUGAAUCUGUUUUAUUGCAUGUAGACAUGCAAGAUUGUGGUAAAACCAAGCAUGUGCAAUUCUAGCUUGUAAUGUUUUGCACAGGAAACCUGGCAAAUCAUGCAUUUAAAUCAGUGUUUAAUGAAAACAUAUGUUUAAAAGUUUUUAUUCAUUUGAGAAUGGGAUAGUUCACUCAAAAAAUGAACGCUCUGUCAUAUUACUUCAUGACAUUUUGAAAAGUGUUGGUAACCAAACAGUUCAUCAUUGACUUACUGUAGUAUGAACGUCAACAUUUGUUUAAUAAACUCUUUUCAAAAUUUCUUUGUGCCCACCAGAAGAACAAUAACAACUUGAGAACUAAAUGAUGACCCAGUUAUGUUUUCUUUAAUUAAGAAAAUGAAGAGAUGUCAGAAAGACUAUGAAUAAUUUUGUUAGGGAAAAAUGUUUUAUGUUGUGUUGUAAGUUUCAACCUGUGGAUUUUAAAGGUCACACAGGCUUUUGAUAUUCUCUUCAGGACAUUGACUAUAGAAAUGUGACUGUCUCGUCAUUUUAAGUUUGUUAUAUAGUUCUAUUACGUUCAUGGAGAAAUACUAAGGGAAGUACUGUAUUUUAGCCUCCAUUAAGCAUUUGUUUGACCUCAAACUAAUACUAUAAAAUUAAAGUAAUUACAGAAACAAA